AUGUCGUCUUCACCUCGCCGCUUCGCGCUGGGUUUGCUGCUGGUGCUGCAGCCUGCGCCUUCCAGGACGCUUCGCGUCCACGGGCCUGUGUCUAGAGACCGCCUAGGCCAGCACUCGUACGCCCGCGCCACCUCGCCAAUUGCAUCUGCUGACGAGCCAUCCGGCGGCACCACUCUUGCGAGCCGUGCCGCGGGCGCGGCGAGCGCGGUGUACGCCUUUAGCCGUCCGCACACGGUUCGCGGGACGCUACUCGCCUGCGGCACUGGCGUCGGUCGCGCGCUGAUCGAGUCGCCGGAGCGCCUCGCCCUGUUGCCUGCGCUGCCACUGCCUUACCUCGCGGUCCCGCAGCUUCCUCGUGCCAUGCUGGGCGUUGUCGCGCUCGUCCUCGGAAACCUCUUUAUCGUCGGCAUCAACCAGAUCUACGAUGUCGAGAUCGACCAGGUGAACAAGCCGUUUCUGCCUAUCGCCGCCGGUGCCAUGUCGCCCGCGGCUGCGUGGGCGGUCGUGUGCGCCUCGCUCUGCGGCGGGAUGGGUCUGGUCCGCAGCCUCUUCGGCGGGCUCAUCUUUCAGCUCUACUCGUUCGGACUCGCCAUCGGGGCCCUCUACUCGGUGUCCUUCCUCGCGCGCUUCAUGACCGUGUACGGCGUCGUCAUCGCGGCGACCAAGGACUUGCCCGACGUCGAGGGCGACCGCAAGGGCGGGAUCGAGACCUUCGCCACACGCCUCGGCACCGGGCGCGUCGCUGCCGCAGCCACCGCCAUGCUCGCUCUCAACUACGUCGGCGCGAUCGCCACCGCCCUCGCCGCCGCGCCGGGCGUCUUCCGCACCACACUCAUGGCGGGCGGCCAUGCCCUCGCCGCCGGCUGGCUUGGCCUGGCUUGGCGGCGGCUAGAGGUUGCCUCCGCCGCCUCGAUCAAGCGCUUCUACGGCCAGAUCUGGAACCUCUUCUACUUUGAGUACAUCCUCUACCUCUUCAUCUAA